GGUAAACUGCCAAGUGCCCGUAUGUACCCCGGUACACAACAGAGGCAAGAUGUCGGAACGGCGUGUACCCAGUGGAGGAACCUUGCUCGCACAACACACUGCGACAAAGAGCCAGCAGCAGCGCCGUAGCGUUUGAUGCCAGUUUUGAGAGCAACUACCCGCGUUAGGAUUUCUCAGAACUGUCUGCCGCGAAUGGGUGGAUAAAAGACAUUUGUCCUGGUCUUGAUCCGAAGUAGCCGACCGAGGACCGUGUGGUGACAGGGGCUUACACUCCGACGAGAGUCAGGCGGGCUGCUUCUCGCUGUGGGAUGUUAUCCGUACUGUCUUAUGGCAGACUGGUAGCCAGGGCUGUCCUUGGUGGACUCUCGCAGACGGACGGUCGGGACUACAGCCUGGUCACCGCCAGUUAUGGCUUCGGCAAGGACUUUCGUAAGGGGAUACUCAAGAAAGGGAUGUGCUACGGAGACGACGCCUGUUUCAUUACCCGCAACAAGAGCGCGGACGUUUUGGGUGUAGCAGAUGGUGUUGGGGGCUGGCGGGACUACGGUGUCGACCCAUCUCAAUUCUCUGCCACACUGAUGAGAACAUGCGAACGGCUGGUAAAGGAGGGUCGCUUCACUCCCAGCAAUCCGGUGGGCAUCCUUACCUCUGGCUACUACGAGCUUCUGCAAAACAAAGUACCCCUUCUAGGUAGCAGCACCGCCUGCAUUGUCGUCCUAGACCGACGGAGUCACCGGCUCCACACCUGUAACCUCGGCGACUCUGGCUUCCUGGUGGUGCGUGGCGGGGAGGUGGUGCACCGCUCGGACGAGCAGCAGCACUACUUCAACACGCCCUUCCAGCUGUCCAUCGCCCCGCCAGGAGCUGAGGGGGUGGUACUCAGUGAUAGUCCAGACGCAGCUGACAGCUCUUCUUUUGACGUGCAGCUCGGUGACAUCAUCCUGACGGCCACAGACGGCCUCUUUGACAACAUGCCUGACUACAUGAUCCUUCAGGAGCUUAAAAAGCUCAAGGCCACAAACUAUGACAGCAUCCUGCAGACUGCACAAAGUAUAGCAAAGCAAGCUCACAACCUCGCCUACGAUCCCAACUACAUGUCUCCUUUUGCACAGUUUGCAUGCGACAACGGCCUGAAUGUACGAGGAGGGAAGCCAGACGAUAUCACUGUGCUGCUGUCCAUUGUGGCUGAAUACACUGACUAGUGUGUGCCUGUGCGUGCGUGUGUGUUCCUCUGUGUGACUCCCUCCCUCCACCUCUGACCCUCCAAAACGAGGGUCUGUCUUGACGUCCACUCAUGUACAUAUUUUGCUAGGUUUCUUCCUCUGUUGCAUUUUGGUGCCGAGCGUUAAAAAGGGAAGUGGGCAGCUAGCAUGUAUUCAUGGUGAUUGCGACACAGAAGGAAGCUGAGCAUCCUAUUGGUUGGUUGUUUGCAGUCGAGACAUUCAAAUCUGUGUAAUCUGAGUAAGAGUAAACCAUGGGAGCUGGUGUCAAGGAAAUUGGGAUGUUUGGGAAUGUGAAUGUCAGAAGCGCUAACUAGCUUAACCUUAGACGGAAACUAAAGAAACCAGGAGAUACAAAUGUUUUCUCACUUGUAAAUAUUUUUUGUUGUUGUUGUCUUGACUUUUUGUUCAAGCAAAGACCCUUGUGGAAGAUGCAUUGACGGAUGAUAUAUCCCACACUACUACUUCACGCUACUUCACACUGAAAUCAGCAUUUGCUUGGAAAAGACAUGAUAGGAAAAAGAGUGACUGUGUCUGCGCCCUUAUGCACUCAAAAUGUAAAGUGUGUACGUGAGGAAGUGUGCAAAUACAAACGCUGUGUGUGUGUGUGUGUGUGUGUGUGAGAGAGAGAUGUGAUUAUUGUCAUAUUUGAUGUCCACAUAGCUAACGCUAGCAUCUGGUCAUGCUUACGAUUGCGCCGAUAUAUAGGUCAGGUGUGAAUUUAAAGAGAUGUCUAUUUUUUUACAAUGUUGCGCGGUUUUAAGUGCUGCAUUUCCUUUUAUAGUGGCUAUUUUCUCAACUGCAGAGAGUACCUGGCUGGCAUCACUUAACAAUUUGGCAUUUCUUAGUGCGCAGUGCUUUAAUUUUCACUUUUUUUGCAAAUACAUGCAUACAAAAGGACAUUUAAUGACAAUAAAGAUAUAAUAUCAUGGUAUUGGAGACAAAAAAGGUCAGGUGUGUAUUCAUUCCAAUGCAGGGAUACCCACAAAAUGAGCCUGAGGGCCAUUUUUGACCGGCAGCUGUUUCAUCUUCUAAUUUAAUUAAUUUGUGGUUUAGCCAAAUUAUUAGAUAUUACACAAUAACGGUGACAUUCAAACAGGACAUCUUUUUGAGUUCAAGCCACUAUUUUAGGAAAUGUACCAGUAUGAUUAGCUCUAGCAACAAUUACAUAGCUUUGUCUAUUCUAUUUUUUUAUUUGUGUCCUGCUUGUUUUCGUUAUGUUCCCCGCCCCCCAAUCUAUUUUGCUGCUUUUCUCUUGUGAAACGUCGCCAUGAUGUGAUUUACACCAUGAUUGUAAAUGUGUGCCGGCAUUUAAUCCCAAAUGAAUCCACAAGGACGUCUGUUCUACCGUUCCGCUCACUGCAGGCUGUUGCGGUUUCAAAGCAGGCGCACCAAAGACGCAUUUUUGUCAAUACGCCUUGUUGUCGUAAAAUAAACACAGUGAAGCAGCAAUACUGUACAUUACCUGUGCUGAGGAAGGUUUUGUUUUGUUUUCUUUUAAGUUAUCCUUAAGCCAAAGAAGGAAAGCCAUAUAGAAUGCAUGUUAGGGCCCCUGCUAUAAAUGUACGUUGUGUUGGUGGAGACCAAUAUUGUCACGGUUGUAUGUCUAUACUAGGAACUACACGCAACAAAAAUGAAAACGUAAGCAACACUCCCAUUUUCUCUAUGUACACAAAAUGCAUAGACAGCAUGGUUAUUGCAUAUGUGUGUUCAUAUGUUUGAGUUCAUGUCAUGAAAAUGGGAACCAAAAGCGGUUUUAUUUUUGCGAAGUGUAUGUAGGAAAGUUCUUGAGUCAAAAAGUAGUUCUACAUUAUUUGUCGGUGCUGUUCUCUUUGCAUGGUUUAUGUCUGUGUACCGUUAUAUAUCAUAUUUUUUGCAAAUAUAUAAAUGCAGAAGGUGUGUGUGACUGAAGGGGAGCACAGUUUCAGCCUUAAAACACAUCAUUAGACUCGUCAUAAGAGGCCUUCCCUGUCAUUGCAAGCUUGUCUUUGUCCUUCAUGUUGUCAGGUGUUUAAUAAAUGAAGUCCGCAAUACCAACCCCCACCCCAGAAAACAUACACCUCUCCUUCAGAGCAAAGGUGCUUCUGCCAUCUUUAUGGUAUGAUUGUCCUUUUUCAAUGUUUGUCUGAAUUAUACACCUGUCUUUGUCACAGUGUAACAAUGCAGGUCUAAUUUGUGUAAAUAUGUUUUCAAAAAAUGUAUGAUAUUUAAAUAAAAAUAUAUAGUAUUUAUACAAAAA